AUGCCGCCGAAGAAAGGUUCUGAGAAGGAAACUCUUCCGGAUGGCGUUCCUGCGAAUUGGAGUGCUUGGCGACUGUCACGAGAUGAACAGGACCGCAGGGAGUCAAGUAGCAUAGACGAAAAGAUUGAGAAGGACGUGGCCGAGUUUGCGAAGAAAUUGGUGGACGAUGGAGCCAAAGAAGACGAGGCAGAGACCCAGGUCAAGGUCAACGAUUACAAGGCUAAACUCACCAAAGAUGCGAAGCAAAAUAAAGCCAAACUUUCGAAUGCAAACAAGCAGAAAUCCGAUUCUGCUGUGGCGGUCACACCCUCAGCCUCAGCUUCGAGUGCCGCAAAACCGGCUGCGGCGUCAACGACUAUGCAUUCAAGCAAGUUGGGCUACUUUGAGCAAGUGCAGGAAGAUGUUCGUUUGGUGUUGAAGCAUUUGGGCAAAGACUUCGCCACAUUUCCAGCCCUCAGCAUCGCAAAGAAGAAUAGCAAGGAUGAAGGAGGAGUGCAAGAGCCGUGGUCAGCCCAAAUGGCAGAAAGGGCACUUGGAAACCAAAACCUUUACAUUGCAGCUGGGAAUUUAUUUUGGCUAGAUUUUUUGAAAAGUCAAGCUCCAGGGGUGCCAUUGCGAAGGCAGGCUGUGCAGCAACUCGGAGAGUUUUUGUGGCCGGCAAGCCAGGUGAAACCAGCUUUUUUGGUGAAGCUCCUCGAAGAGGAGGCACCCAAAGGCAAUAUGCCAACAACGCCGUCAGGGUUGUCCAUGCUGAGUCCGGAAGGCUACGCCCACGCUGCUUUGUAUGCAGCAGCUAGAGACCUUCCAAAGCACAAAGGUGAAUGGGCAAUUGUGCUACGAUCUGUCCCUUUGGCAUUCGUGGUUUUACCCGAUGCUCAAAAUGACACGUGGGUAUAUGCCUGGAAUGCCCGCAACAUUAUCACUAAGGAAUUCGAAAGCCUUAGCCGAACAGCAUUUCAGCUUAGCACAGAAAUAGCUUUGAUGAAGAAGCGGCUUGAAAAAGAUGCAGAAAGAACGAUGAGUCCUUCAGAGGUUGUUCAGCACCUGAAAUUACAAGGUUUGAAAAAAGCUUCUUGCGAUGACGAGCUGACCGGCAACUUUGUGAGCAGCGCAUGCACGAUUCACGCGAAGUUUUCCACUCCCCUGCUGAUUGAUCCAAUACUUUCUCUCGAAGAGACCUAUGGUGCAAAGAGCUGUCUGAACAGCAUGACGAAGUUGCACAUUUUGGCAACAAAGCCCCUCCCAGCAUGUCGGGAGUUUGUGGUGCAAGGCUUGUUUGACUGGGUCUCGCGAGGCCUCAUCCCAAACGAAGAGGUCACAAAAUCCACAGUCCUUGGCACGUCCAAUGCGUGCGGUUUGGUUCAACUCUUCCAACUCAAGAAGCAAUGUCUGGAUUUUUGGUGCUCCAGCAUGAUGGCCCGAGCCAAGAUCGUUGAGGCUGACAGAGAAAUUCUUCAGAGAGUUUUGUCCAACCACGAAUCCUACCGCAAGGAAAUGCUUGGAGAAGCAGUGGCAUGGCAAGGACUUUUGACAAGAAGCUCUUUGGAUUGCCUGCAAUUCAUGGAGGCAGGGCUAGACGCGACAGAGCAUGAGCAGAUCAAAGAGGAGUGGGACAAGGUGGUGGCCUGCCGUGCCGUGAAAGACAAAAUGGAGACAGAGAACCCUGAAGGAGAGGAGGCUGACAGCGCCAUCAGCCAGAUGCGCCGGCCUGCAACUGAGUUUGUCGAGAACAGUCAGGAAUAUUGGAAUAGCCUGGCGAAUUCGACCGUGAGACGAUACAUUUCGCUUGUGGUCUUACCCAGCAGCCAAGGUCAAAUCAUUCGGACUUUACAGCAAAGUGCAUUGAAGGAAAUCAUCAUCACCGAAGGGCAAAAAUCCUGCUUGGUUUGGUUUGACAUGGACCUCAUGGGCGAGACCCCAGGAUUGAAUGCGCAAGUGGGAUUGAGACGCUUUCCUGAAGUCAAGGGAGACGGUGACUUCAAAAAUUUGCUGCAGUCUGUCAUGCUGGCCAGAGGGGCCCAGGUGAAGAGCGAUGCAGGCGAGGUCACAGUGCCAGGCAAUGGAGAAAUCAUCGCGGUGCGCACUGCCGAAAGAGGAUUGCUGCAGGCAGAAGUGCGGAAGGUCUUCCGCCUCAAGGCUGCCAGACACGAAGGCACUGACUGUGACGAGAAAUGCAUCAACGUCAUCUUCAGCGAAGAGACGGUUCGUUCCAGGAAGAAACGCGUCCGUGGAAGCGAAGCUUACACCACGUUGACAAGUAUCCAGGCAUUUAGUGCUGCUCAACUAGUGCCUGGAGUGGUUCCGGAGAAAAAGAGGAUGCACUACCCAGGAUGGAACAACGGAAACGUCGUGGGGUGGGUCGACGCUCUCCCGGCCACUGCGCUAUGGGAGUCCACCCGGGAAGUCAAGGAGAAGAUCUUGGGAAACCAAACCAUGAAGCUGAGCACGGCAGAAGCAGCCGGUUUCUGUGAACAGAAUGCCAUUUUGCAGAACAAACAGCGCGUUGAGAGCGUUUUUUCCGCUGCACGCUUGCCAGCAAAGUUUCAUCAAGACCUUCUUCAUUCCUUUUCAGCGGCAGCUGUCAUCGAUCUCACACCCGGCCAAGGGCACAUGUUGGAAGCGUGCCUGGAUUCACGCACGCCUGUGGUUGGGUUUGGGUUAACAGAGACCCAUUGCACCAUGUUGGAAGAAAGGCUGACGCGGUAUGUCCUAGAAAAGUUCAAAGAAAACGGUCACACCAUGUACCGCGAAGAUGCUGCCAAAGCACUUGGCGCAAAUGCAAGCUCUGGCACUGACCACAAUGCCACAGAUGCUGAGCCGAAACCCAAGGCCAAACCAAAGCCUGGGCCUAAGCGAAAGAAGAACAAGGACGGCAGCGAUGCAGAAGAAGAAGAAGAGGUUUCCGAGGAAUCGCAGCCGAAACCGCCCAAGAAGAAAAAGAACAAAAAGCCAAAAAAAAAGGAAGAAGAAUCUUCUGAGGACGGGUCUUGGUGA